AUGGUACCUGAUAUUCUGGGAGGUAAUAUGAUAAUGCACUACUCUAGAGCUCUUAAUCCAGCUGAGAGAAUAGAUUUUCUUGAGCUUAGACACAAUUUGAGAAAUAUCGCAUUAACAGAAGGUGUGGAAGACAGUAUAGCAGGAGAAUACACAACAAAGGCAGCCUAUGAGAAGAUUAUAGACAAUAUGAAGAAUGUGAAUUUUAAUAGUCUUCUGGAUAAUAAACUCAUCCCACCGAAGGUGAUUUUCAUGACUUGGGCCUCUCUUCAUAAUUCUUUACCUACUAGAUGUAUACUAAGAAGAAGAAGAGUUCAAAUCCCAUCUACUAUGUGUGUACUCUGUAAUGAGGAGGAGGGGGAUCUCAAACAUCUUUUCAUACACUGCAAGUGGGCGAAACCAAUUUGGGAUUUCUUUCUUGCUUCUUUACGGGUUAGCUGGUCUAUGCCAGAGAUUUUUAAAGCCUUGUUGGAUAGUUGGAAACUCUACAAGAUUCGUUCAUGGGCAUCUGAAGGAAGCAACAUAGGGUCUGAGUAG